UUGGGCAAAUUGCCAUCCGGCCCCUAAGCAGACCGAACCGAAAUGUCACCGGCGAACUCUGUGUAUAAUGGCGCCCCGAUUUUGUCGUGCUAAUUUAAGGAAGCAAAUGAACGGCUUGACGAACCAAAAAACCGUUUGUGAGGAUAUAAAUAAAUCUUUGUCAGUCGCCGUUUUGUUUUUUUGCGAGCAUUCUGUCAACGGCCUACAGAACUCUUGCCUUUGGUGGGAAAUCGAUCGACCGAUUCCGUGUGUUCUCUAAUGCCAGACGGGUGUUCCCUCUAACUGUGUGUCACAACACAGUUACUGUUGAGUCGAACGCCUUCGGGCCAGCUGGUACGCUGAGGAGCUUGAAGGUCAUCCCGAUGCCUUGUGGGAAUUGGUAGACCACGGGAAGCAAAACCCCGUAUGACCUCUGUGUGUGUGUGCCGUAAAUAAUCGAUUAAUGAAAUUCGCUACGUUGAUGUUUGUUUUGCCUGUUGAUAGCUAAUAGUAGGGUAUUUAUAAACCUUCUGCAUGUAUAGGGUAGUAGGCUUAAUAUCAAUAUUAGUGCCUUCCCAACAAACCAAGCCCGUGUGAGAUAUGGGGUCGCUACUUAUAGGAUUCACCGCAAGAUAGCUUAUCGUGGCAGGGAAAUCUGAUUCAUUCCAGUAUUACGAUAAGUGUGCCAAGCGCCAUAAACAACGCUGAUAACACACUAUCUUCCUCGCCCAACCGGUAGAUAGAGAAGGAAAAAAGCUCGUUUGUUUUGUUUUCUUUAAGCCAAACGACAACAAAAAAGUAUUGCAAAAAAAAAAGUUGUUUUGCUAAAGAUUACAUUCCUUCCGCCUAAUUUACUGUCUGCGUCGUCGGCACGGGCGCUGUCUUUGUAUGUAGGAGAUUCUCUCAUGCAGCGCGCGAUAAACCUGUUCCGUGUGAAGCCUAUUUAAUUCAGUCAAACGACGACAACCGUCACCGGUUUCUCAAGGACCGUUGGCAGAUUAUUUUUGAGGCGCAGAAAAUCAGAGCUAAGCUCAAAAUGUAUUAAUGCAAUUCAAAUUAUUGCACAAUAACCUUUCAUUAUCAACAAGAAACAAUUUGAAGAAUCUUAACGGAUUCUUAAUAGAGAAAAAUUUCAAAAAGGGCAACGAAAAGCUUUGACUAGAGCUCCUAGCGCCUAUAAGUAUGCAAAUGUUUUUUUUUGGUUUUGCACGUGUCAGACGGAUAUUCCAAUUGCCAAAUUGUGUUCAGUAAUAGACACAACUCUCUGUCCAAAAUUGUAUCAUCAAAUGUGAUAUACAUCGAAUGACGAAAUAGAUUAAUCCUGAAGAAUACCAAGUUCUUCAGUAAAAGCAUUUAGUUUCAAUAUUCGAGAAUUAAUAGGGCUGUAUCGAACCCUGACAUAGACCGGAUUGAACGAUUUGAAUGCCAUGACCACGUAUCGUAGGAACCGUGUUUUAUGUCAUGUCUGAUAUGCACAGAUUACAUUGGAGUCAGUUAUCGGCCGAUUGGGAGCAACUGUGUCCAAUAGAGUCCAGACCGAUUGCUGUAGAAGAAUCGUAGAAUAAAAAUACAGUGAAAUCUCUGUUAGAUACACACCAACGAAAUUGCCAACUUGACUUUCCUAAAGAACAAAAAAUGGCGAAAAGCAAAGUAAGCUGGCGUCGCAUCGUUGCUUAGUAAACCCUAUGCAACUGUGAUGAGAUUGGUACAAAAAUAAGAGAAAAUUUCCAACUUGGAGAAUAUUCGUGUGCAAUUUUCAAAUGUAGCUUAGAGAAUCCUAUUUUUGGGAGGUUAUCUAUCUUGGAGAGAUAUGUAUGCCCUCGGCCUCGAAAAGGCAUUGCAGUUGUGCAUUUGUCGAACAAGUUCUUGGACGAUAUCAGCACUGUUAAACCUUUCCAACAUUUGUACAUCAAGCAGUCCAUUCCACAAAAUUGAUCACAGUAGCCUAUCUAUCACACUGGAGGUUCGCAUAUGCCAAACGUAGCUAAAACCUCAAAGAGAGCACAUCCAAAAUGUUGCCCUAUAUUUUGAAUAUUUUACACCACUCUGGCUCGUCGCAAAACUUUCCCACCAUCUGCCAGAAGUUACGACAGUUCAGCAUGCAUGCCGAGCUAACGGAUGAAGACAUCGAAACACCCGCAAAGGAUGCUCUGGACAAGGCCAUAGAGAUGGGUCUUGUACGAAGAAAUAGCAACAGCAAUACGUACGAUCUUACCCACAAAUGGUUUGUCCCGGAAAGUCAAAGCUUUCAAGCGCGCCUGUAUGGCGUAGUGCGAGACAUGCAGGACGCUCUGAACGAAUCAUCGGAACAAUCGGAUUCGGAAGACUUGUCAACGACUUCCAAUCAACAGCCGCCCGCCGACUGUAUGGGACCGGGCAUGGCACAGAAGCGAAGUCCUGCCCAAAUACGCGCGAUUGCGAUCUACCGAAGAAUGCGCGAGCAACGUGAGCGGGAGGAACGCGAAGCGGCCGCACGUGCCAGAAACCGACGUAACAGUGGAACGCGUUCACGAUCAAGGUCGAGAUCUCGGGGACGCCGUUCUAGCACAACAAGCAGAGCGCGUUCUCGAUCACAGCGCCGCCGGUCGUCGACACGCGCAAGAUCACGUUCGACGUCGAGAGCUCGCAGCUCGAGCCGUUCCCGUCGGCGACGUUAAACACUAUCGAAGCAAGAUUCUAGCGCUUUAACGCUUAUUUUUAGGAGUCCCAUCCCAGACCAAAUCCUUGUCAAUAAAUCGAUAGCAAGUUUA